AUGUCCGAAAACGCGGGGAAAUCAGACCUCGUCUCGCGCAAAAAUGAGGUCGGAUACGAUUUGGUACAAUCAGGGGACGGCUGCAAGGCACCGAAUUCCUUAUCAGAGCCAGGCUUGUGGAACUCUGGGGUUUCUGCGAGUUCUGUAUCGCUAUCGGCUGGCAUCAAUGCGCGUAUGAUAACCAAGCGCCGAGGUAAGGUCGAGGUGCUGGCGAGACAAGACCGCAGCCGAAGGUAG